GUGACUUCUAAAGGUAAAGACAAUCCAGGAAUGAAAAAUAUCAACCGACAAAUAAAGCAAAGAUAACAAAAAAGAACACAGAGACUUCCUUCAUUGAACGAACAAGACUUCUUCUCUGUGAGCAGAAAAUUCCAAACCAAACCUCAAACAAACCUUCGAUGGCAGAGGUAGCAGUAUCAACAGUAGUAACAAAACUAACCGAACUUCUCUUAGAACAAACAACCUCAACAAUCUCACACAUAUCCACAGUUCGCGACCAAGUCGAAUCUCUCAAAAACCAACUAUCAUGGAUGCAAUGUUUCCUCAAAGAUGCUGACGCUAAACAACAAUCCAACGAACGUGUUCGUAUGUGGGUUUCCGAUAUUCGUAACGUCACUUUCGAAGCUGAAGAAAUCAUUGAAACUCAUAUCUAUAAUUCCACUAUUCAAACCCAUUUUCAUAACAAAAUCUUCACUCCUUUUCAUCUCUAUAAACUUGGUUCCCGAAUUGAAAGAAUUUGUAAAAAAAUCAAAGAGGUUUCUGAUAGACGUGAAAUGUAUGGUGUUGUUAUCAAAAACCCUGGCUCUAACUCUAACCCUGACGACCGUGAUGGUAGCAGUUCUAACGAGAGAUUGAGACAUUGGAGACAACCUUCCCCUUAUUAUGCUGAAGAAGAGUAUGUUGUUGAGGUAAAAGAAGAUUUUGGUUCAAUUUUUACACAGUUGGUUAGUUUGGAUUCUACGAGACAUGUUGUUUCGCUUGUUGGUAUGGGUGGUUUAGGAAAAACUACUUUGGCAAAGAAAUUGUAUAAUGAUAGUAGAAUUGCGAAUCAUUUUGAGAUUAAAGCUUGGGUUUAUGUUUCUGAGGAGUAUAGGAGGAAGGAUGUUUUGCAAGGGAUUUUGAGAGGUGUUGAUGGUGUUGCGAGGGAGGAUAUGGAUAGGAUGCCGGAGGAGGAGUUGGUGAAUAAGCUUCACAAUGCUUUGGCGGAGAAAAGGUAUUUGGUUGUGCUUGAUGAUAUUUGGGGGAUGGAGGUUUGGGAUGGGCUUAAAUAUGCUUUUCCGAGGAGGAAAUUAGGGAGUAAGAUUUUGCUGACGACGAGGAUUUUGGAGGUUGCUUUACAUGCUGAUGGGAAUAGUGAUCCUUAUCAGUUAAGGCCGUUGAAUCAUGAUGAGAGUUAUGCAUUACUUAGGAGUAAAGCGUUUCCUGGUGCGAGUGUGAUACCAUCCGAGUUUGAGAAUCUUGCCAAGGAGAUUGUAGUGAAAUGUGAAGGUUUGCCUCUUGCUGUUGUUGUGGUUGGUGGUUUGUUGUCUAGAAAGUUGAAGUCUAGUGGGGAAUGGGCUAGGGAGUUGCAGAAUAUUAGAGGGGGUUUGCUUGAAGAUCAAGAGAAGAUAACAAGAAUUUUAGCAUUGAGCUAUAAUGAUUUGCCUCCGCCGUUGAAAUCGUGUUUUCUGUAUUUGGGUCUUUUCCCAAAGGGUAUGAACAUUCAGACAAAAAAAUUGAUUAGACUAUGGGUUGCUGAAGGUUUUUUGCCUCAAGAAGGUGGUGAAACUGCAGAAGAUGUUGCUCAGAGGUACUUGAAUGAGUUGAUUGGUAGGUGUAUGAUUCAAGUUGGAACGGUGAGUUCGAUGGGGAGAGUUAAGACGAUUCGAAUCCACGAUCUUCUUAGAGAGCUUUCGGUCACCAAAGGAAAAGAGGAGUAUUUUGGUGAUAUGGCAGGCUCAUCAUCAACAUCUCAGCUAACUAAAUCCCGGCGGCAUUCUCUACAUUCUUGCCAUGAACGGUAUGAUUUCUUAAAACAUAUUGCAGAUUAUUCGCGUUCGUUGUUGUUCUUCAAUAGAGAAUAUAAUGCAGAUAUAGACAAGAAAGUCUGGAUUCAUUUGAGUUUUAUGCAAGAAAAGAAAUUGAAUUUCAUCUACACCGAAUUUAAGCUACUCAGGGUGUUAGAAUUAGACGGUGUUCGGUUAGUUAGCUUGCCAAGUACUAUAGGGGACCUGAUUCAAUUAAGGUAUUUGGGAUUGAGGAAGACUAAUCUCGAAGGGAAACUUCCGCUUUCCAUUAGAAACUUGCUUAACCUACAAACACUUGAUUUAAGGUAUUGUUGUUUUCUUAAGAAAAUACCAAAUGUAAUUUGGAAGUUGGUGAACUUAAGACAUUUGCUCCUGUAUACACCAUUUGAUUCUCCCGAUAGCGGGCAUCUACGGUUGGAUACAUUAACCAACCUUCAAAGCCUACCAUAUAUUGAGGCUGGAAACUGGAUAUCAGAUGGUGGUUUAGCAAAUAUGACCAAUCUUAGGCAAUUGGGGAUAAAUGGGUUAUCAGGACAAAUGGUGAAUUCUGUUCUUUCUACUAUACAAGGAUUACGCAACCUUCAUUCACUGUCACUAUCACUUCAAUCUGAAGAGGAUGAAUUUCCAAUCUUUAUGCAGCUUUCUCAGUGCACACAACUGCAGAAGUUAUCUUUGAAUGGAAAGAUCAAGAAGCUACCUGAUCCACAUGAGUUCCCGCCGAAUCUGUUGAAACUAACUUUACAUAAUUCCCACCUACAGAAGGAGUCUAUUGCCAAACUUGAGAGAUUGCCAAAACUUAAAAUGCUUGUUUUGGGUAAAAAGGCAUACAAUUGGGCAGAAUUGAGCUUCAGUGCUGAAGGGUUUUCACAAUUGCAUGUUUUGCGGCUCACUCUUUUGAAAGAAUUGGAGGAAUGGAAAGUUGAGGAAAAGGCAAUGCCAAUGCUCGAGUACAUGGUUAUUGACCGGUGCGAGAAGCUGAGAAAGAUUCCAGAAGGGCUGAAGGAUAUCACUUCUUUGAAGAAACUAAAAAUUACAGGCAUGCCGGUAGAUUUUGAACAUAGACUUCGAACUAAAGAUUUGCUUGAGUUCAAAAAUAUUCCAAUUAUCGAAUCAACAACAGACAUUUUAUCGAUUGAUUGAUUUCCGGCGCAGUGUUGUUGGGUGAUAGGAACUUACAUCUGAGGAAGGGAAGCAUCUUUAAGUCUGGCAUUCCAUUGUACAGCUUGUAAUCUUCAUUUUAUUUCGACAAUGUACACAUCACUGUAGUGAAUUGUCAAGCGCCGAUGAGUUUUUCCACUUCAAUGAUCAAAGAAUUUUAUUUUUUACUUCCUUUUAUUAAUUGGGAAUGACUUCGAGUUAAACGGUUGCCAUAGUCUGUGGAACUUGUACGAGUAUUAAUGCGGUUUGCUAUAAUACAGUGACAUUAGGUACAUUCCCUCACAUUAAACAAAUAGGAAAAUUUUAAUUAGAUAUUCAAUUUAUGUACACUGUACUUGAUUUGUAUAUCGUCUCAACUUAUAUUCAAUACAUAAAGAUUGAGCACUUCCUACUUA